AUGUCCAACGGCAAGCCGACAUAUAACAGUGACUCUUCUUACAUGUCGAGCAUACCGGUCUGUUGCUUUCUCAGGGCAAUGCAGCCGACAAGUAGUUUACUUCGCUGGACCGGUGAUCUCCAUAAGAUCUUCCUGGAAGCUGUAGAGUAUCAAGGAGGCCCCUAUGAGGUGAAGCCAACUGCGGUGAAGGAGAAAAUGGAAGCUAUGGGAGUCACAGGCCUCACAAUCUGGAACAUAAAAAGCCACCUCCAGAGAUACAGGGAGAAGUGCAAUUUAGGACCUGAACCUCCUCGGGAUGUCCGAGGCACUGCAUCACCAAGGAAGGCUGGAGAUGGUGUGUAUGGUUCUCUGAUGCAAUGGAAUUGUUGGAUCUGCAUGCCUUUGUGUUCUCUAUUUAUUUAUUUGUAUUUUAGAACUGACUGA